GCUCUUACUGGCUUGGAAGAUCCACAUCUCUGCAAUUCAGUGCCCAUAUCAGUGACAUCAUGCUGCUAGCACGAAAUGGGCCAUGAUGGGAGCAUUUACACCAUGGAAAUUGGCAGAUGCUAUGAACCCAGAGCUUAUGUCCCCCCAAAAGGUCCUUUGCCAUGGCAGGUGUCAGAUACCCCGGACAGGCCCGUGUGGAUUUAGACAUAUACCAAAGCUCCUACAUGGUCGACUAUAAACCCUUCGGGAAGCACAAAUACUCCAGGGUCACGCCACAAGAGCAGGUGAAGCUCGAGAACCAGCUGCGGGACAAAGAGUUUUACAGGCCCAUUCCCAACCCCAACCCCAAGCUAGCAGAUGGGUACCCUGCCUUCAAAAGACCCUACAUGACUGCCAGAGACCUGGGACUCCCCGGCUUCUUCCCAUCACAGGACCGUGUGGCCCCGGAGGAGGACGAGAGCAAGUUCACCAGCACCUGCCCUUUCACAUACCCAGUUUCUUACGCUCUGUACCAGGCCCAAGGUGAUCCGAGCCAGGUGCACCAAAGUACCGAUUUCCCGUGCCUUCUGGAACCCGAGCACCAGCCCGCUGCAGAGGAGGGCAAAGGCUACCUUCUACUGCCUGGCUGCCCCUGUCCUCAUCACCACAAGGUCAAGGUCCCCGUCUUGGACCGGUGGGGGCCCUUGAUGCCAUUUUACCAGUAGGAAGGGUUAGCACACCUUCCAAGGGCUUUCCACGGGCAUAUGGAAAUCCCACGCCACAGCACUGCCCUUGGAGAGAGAGAGGCAAAUAAAACCCAAAGGUGUUUCCCAGCACUGGGGCUGUGCUUGACUCC